GUCAGAUAGUGUCCUUAAGUAGCUCGAACAGGCUGCUUAUCCACUCCUGAGCAUCAGAUAUGGUUUCAUUACAAUUACAAAGAAAUUCGAUAAUCUAAAGAGUAAACUUCACUUUCCUCUAUAACGACUAGGACUAGACUACUAAAACAUACUCCUGAAAAGUACGGCUCGUGAAAAGUCAGUGAACGGUCACCCGCAGCGCGUCUCCUACGGCAGGUACCCGGCGAUGGUACUUAAGCAACCGCGGCACCCGAAUCACCACAUACCGCUAAAGCCCGUAGAGCGCGCAGCACGUAGUGCUACGGAUCACGGCAAGUUUGACGUUUCGUAAAUAACCAGUGAAUUUUAGUUACGAAUCUCAAAGAGUUAAGUGUUGUGAAAAAGAACUUUCAAUAUGAUGUCCUUAGUGUUGUUUGUUUUGGGAGGGCUCCUUGCAACGACAGAGGGUUGCGGCAUUGGAAAGCAGAUGAUAACGUCGGGUGGAUUGACGGCACUCGAGAAGCAAAGCAUCGUGGACGCGCACAACCGCCUUCGACAGAGCAUCGCCCUGGGGCAGGUCUCCAGCCAGCCGCCGGCAGCUAAUAUGAUGGAAAUGGUGUGGGAUGAAGAGUUAGCAGCAACCGCGCAACGUUGGGCUGACCAAUGCACGCCCGCGCACGACCACGCCGCGCAACGCGACGUCGGCAGAUUCCCGGUCGGACAGAACCUCGCAGCCACCUGGACCACUCGCCCCCCGACCGAGACCAAGGACUCUCAGCCUGAUUUCAUGAGGCAGAUCAAAGCCUGGUUCGAUGAAGUCCGUAUCUACGGAUUUCAGCCUAUCAGUGGCGGCCACGGCACCGGUCAUUACUCUCAGUUGGUAUGGGGCGAAACAUCGCACGUGGGUUGCGGAUUCACGUUCUACUACGACAACGCAAGAGGCUACACCAAGCUGUACGUCUGCAACUACGGUCCCGGAGGGAACGUGAUCGGUGCCAACCCUUACGAGAAGGGCUACCCCGCUUGCAGCACCUACGGACUUGCGGACUCCAGAAAAUACUCUGGUCUAUGCGCAACCAGCAGUUUCACUGCAUCUUCGAGUUAUCAAACGGUCGACAAUGUCAACGUCAUCCCAGACAGCACUGGCAAUUCUCAAGCUUUCAACUACCAGUUCAGUAACCAGUACAGCAAUCAAUUCAGCAACCAGUUCAGCAACCAAUACCAGUACCAGUACCAGCAACCUACCUAUUACCAAACAGAAACACAGACUUCUACAUACAGGCCAUUUAUUAGCCUAUUCAAGUCUGCAUCAAAUCUAUUCACUCAACCCAAAUCAAGAGGAUUCAGAUUUGGUACUGUUUACCUAUGAAACUUCAUAAGUUUUAGACAUACUAAUAGCAGUAUUUUUAAAUUAUUAUGAGAUUGUGACAGUUUCUGUUACUCGACUGAUUAUAUUUAAGAUUAUCGGUAUUGAUAGUUAAUAUAAAGUUCUCUUUGGUUCUACAAAAAGAAACGCAGGCAUAUUUUAAUACUGAAAUGUUUCUGAGCUUCAAAAGUUAUGAAGUUGAAGAUUAUUCUAGAUGAAAUAUGUGAUAUUGUACAGACCAUUAAGUAUUAGCGGAGAGCAGGCGACAGUUGUUAAAAGAAAUAUAUGUUUUUAUAUUUA